GACGGCAAUUUUACAAAAAACCCCUCCAGUGUUUCCCGACACAACCCGCGCUCCCUCUCUCCAGUGUUCAGUCGCGCGAUGGCUGCUCUCUUUCCCCAUUCCCCUGUCGGCCACCACGGUUCACGGCCAGAUCCCGGCCAACUCCGGCCAGUCCCUGCCCUGCCGACCUUUGUCGCCACCCCCUCCUUCCCUUACCUCCGUCCAGCCCGUUUACCCGCCAAUUCGCAGCCCCCAACAAACCCUGGGCACCGUCGACACUCACAAAUGCCAACUUUCUCGCCGCGGAUUGCAUAGAGGAAGGAGAAAAUGCGAUUUUUGCGGUGGUGCGGCAACGCGUGGUGGCGAUGCACGGAGAACGGCUGCCGAUGUGGCCGUCCAGGAGGCCGAGGUUCUCGCGGACGACGGCGAGCAGGCCGCGGGUCCACGGACGACGGACGCAGGAGGCCUGCUGUCGCCGAGCACCGCUUCUACUCUUGCGAGGAGCGCGUCCGGGUGCUCGAUCUGGAGUGCAUGGCGACGGCCUCAUCCCUGGUCGCCGUGCCGGGGGGAGGUGGCGACGGCCUCAUCCCUGGUCGCCGCGCCGGGGGGAGGUGGCGGUGGCACAGUAACUCGAGCUCCCCUUCCUCGACCCAGCCCCCGAGCCCGAUGUCUCGUCUACCCUCAGGCGUCGUCAUGUUCAUGUGUCAGUCUGGGUCGUGCGUCGUGUCGUUGAGUCCUGUGGUGUUUUUGAUCGCGAGCUCGAGUGUCUCUUUGUCUGGGGUUAAUUAGAGCUGGUUACGCGAGGAAGAAACAACAUGUUAUCUUUCAGUCGGUCGGUCAUCGGUGAUGCAGCAAUCCCUUCUGUCAUGGAUUGGGAUGUCAUGUUGGAAUCCUAUGUUUGAACUCAGUUUAAAUGGAAGAAGAAAAUGUAAGUCAUAGCUGCGAAAUAUCCCCCUCUGUGUCCUGAUUGCUUUUGUUCCUUAACUUUGUUUUGUUCUGAAGCAUCUAUCGAUCUUUUUCUUCAAGCUAAGGUGGUACAGAUUUGAGUAUGUAAUGUAUUGUGUCAAUAUCCAUGUCGUCCCCCACUUUAUUUAGGUUUACAAAUACAAUUGGAUGUAGUGUAGUGGUAAUCACCAAUGUUCAUCCAUAUUUUGCAUUUAAAAACUCAGAUUUGAGUCUGGAUCAACUCAGUUGUACUGUGUCAAUAUCCAACUCAGUUUUAGUGCUGGUUUGCAUUUAAAAAUUCCAUGAAGCUCCCACUCAAUUCAUUCAUCUUCUCCAUUCCUGCCCUGCCAUCAUUCAUCUUCUCAAUUCCAGUCCUAGUCCAUUAGAACUAAAAACAUCAAGUUCCGGAGAGUUAAAUCGGUUAAGUUCGCAUCUUGAUGAUUGUUAGUACCAGUUGUCGGCGUUCUGGGAACGGGGGUCCCCAGACUUGCCUGCCUGCGGCCCACAGCGUGGCCAAGCAGCAGGCCGUACGGCCCAUCUUCGUCAACA